AUUCUAUUCAAACAUAAAAAUAAAUAAACUGACUUUUUCUGCCGCGUACCUACUUGAAAAGCUCACCCAAAAAGGCGGACGAUAAAUGUACACGUAAAUGCCCGAGACUACACCUACUUUGAUCUGUGAAUAAGAAGAGCGUGGUUUGGAACGAGCUAUGGCUGUUACGUCUACAGUUGCUCGAUCCCCUGCGUUUCAUGCACCGACUUUCCAUACAAACCAAUAUUCACACAGAUGCAGAUGCAGAGGAAGUGUCUCUAGGAGGAUGAGGCUUAAGAUGAGUGCAGCUGCCAGUGGGGUCACUUCAGUUCAAACAAAACCCCUUACACUUACUUACCUCGAGGCGAAUGGCUGGUUGUGGGAAGUAAAUGGAGUAAGGAUAAUUGUUGAUCCCAUUUUGGUGGGAAACCUCGACUUCGGUGUGCCGUGGCUGUUUGAUGGUGCUAAAAAGACCCUCAAGAAUUUCCGGCUGGAGAAUCUAGAAGAACUUGACUGCUUACUAAUAACACAGAGCCUUGAUGAUCAUUGCCACAAGAAGACAUUAGAUGCACUAUCAAACAUAUAUCAGGACUUGCAUGUGGUUUCUACCCCAAAUGCAAAGCCAAUUUUGGAAACACUUUUCAAAGAAGUAUGGUUUUGCCUCUCUGGUGAGAUAGGAAUUUCAAAUUUAAUGGUAACCUAUAUAGAACCUGGUCAAACCACACAAUUGAAGGGAAGAAAUAGUUCAGAGAUAAUUAUUCGAGCAUCAGCAGGGCCUGUUCUUGGCCCUCCUUGGCAACGUCCUGAGAAUGGGUACUUUAUACAGGCACAAGAUCCAAAGUUCACAUUAUAUUAUGAGCCUCAUUGUGUUUAUAACAAGUUUUUACUAGAAGAAGAAUAUGCAGAUGUUGUUAUAACUCCAGUAAUCAAACAAUUACUCCCUGCCUUUACUCUUGUUUCUGGGCAAGAAGACGCAGUUGAAUUGGCACGAUUAUUGAAAGCAAGGUAUGUAGUACCAAUGAAUAAUGGAGAACUUGAAACCAAAGGGUUGCUUUCUAGCAUUUUGUAUGCAGAUGGAACAAUCGAUUCUUUCAAGGCUUUGUUAUCAAAUGCCUUGCCACAUGUGCAAAUAUUAGAGCCUUCUCCAGGGUCACCUUUGGAUAUUCCCAUACCACUAUAAUUGGUGAUUCUUCUCUUCUAUUCGAUCUGUAUAAAGUAACAUAUACAUGUUAUAGACCUUGUACAUAAACCUUCACUCAAAAAUGCCUUUAUUCUCAAAUGUUGUUAACAUAAAAAUGUUGUAUUUCAUGUGUGCCAAGGACCAUAGAGGAGGAAAUUUAGGUUGAAGGUCUUUGGUAUGCAUACCCAACUAAAAUGUUGACUUUUAACUUAUACACUAAGAAAAAAAUAGUAGUUGGUGACACAAUCAACCACAUCUUUGUAAUUUCACUAACUUCAUUUGAUUAAUUAAAACCAAGUAAUUGGCUUUU